AUGUUUGACGAAAGUCAGCCACCCUCUCCGAACCAGCCGGUUGUCGCGUUAGCUCCUCUGGAACCCGAAUGGCAGCCAAUCUUCCAGGCCUCUAAUCAGAUCGUGUUGUAUAAUCCAACAUCUCAUGCUCUGUCUAUAACCAAGACCUCUGGCCCACUAGAUUUUUCAGGCUCGUCAUCGUGUCCCUACUGCCAUCGUCCUCUUCCCAAUGGAUUCGAUAGAAAUGACUCUUCUGACAAUAUUCGGUCCGAUUUUGGAUCACAUUCCCGAGCGUCAAAUUACUUCCAGCUUCUUGCUGCCGCAAAUCAGACGUCCUCAAGGCCGUCUAGCCCCCCUUUGACGAGUGGCAGUGGGAGCCGACAUGGUGCUUUCCCUCCAGAAACUAUGGCAGAAGGUUACUUUAAGGCUUUUUUCCAGGAAGAGUAUCGAUUAGGAAUGGGGGCAAAUGGAAGUGUAUAUCUCUGCCAGCAUGUUCUUGAUGGGGAACCACUUGGACAUUUUGCUGUUAAGAAAAUCGCGAUAGGAGAGUCCCACUCUUAUCUGCUCAACAUACUGCGAGAGAUUCGCCUUCUCGAGUCUCUACACCAUCGUAAUAUAGUAACGUAUCAUCACGCAUGGCUAGAAACUUAUCAGUUCUCUGCUUUUGGUCCGAAAGUGCCCACCCUACACGUUCUCAUGCAAUGGGCUGAAGGUGGAAGUUUGGAUGAUUUCAUUGCCCUUCGCCUGGGACGUUCAAUUGGACUUCCGCACAUGCAAUCCUCCUCAUCGCCUGCUCCUGACGAUCCGACUCCAUCUGCACGCAUCCGUGCAUUUCGUACGAUGAAGCGUGCCCCACCAGAGGAACGCGAGCGAUUACGCCGAGAGAUGGAGGACCAAAUCCAUAGCCGCAGGAAUCAUCCCUCAUGGAAAGCUGUCCAUCUUCUCAGUGCAGAGGAAGCGCGAAGUUUGUUUGCGGAUGUGACACACGGAUUAGCCUUCUUGCAUGAUAAAUCCAUUCUUCAUUUGGACCUCAAACCUGGUAACGUGCUACUGACUUGGGAUGAAGGAAGACUCAUCCCUCGAGCAAUGUUAUCGGAUUUUGGAACCUCCCGAGAUAUGGUACGGUCGAGUGGUGUUCGAUCAGGUAAUACGGGAACUCUCGAAUACGCUUCGCCAGAGUCCCUUCCAUCACCUCUUACAGGAGUUCUCCGACAAAUUGACUCGAAAUCUGACAUGUGGUCUCUUGGGAUGAUCCUGCACAAGAUGCUUUUCUUCAAGUUGCCCUUCCGCUACGCAACAGAAGGAGAAGCCACCGCAUACGAUGAAGCCGACAAGAUGGACAAACUAGAGCAGGAAAUUUUGGGCUAUACUGGAUUCCGAUCAACGUCUGCACUUGCAACAUCUUUCGAGUCCCGCCGUCUCCCGCGUUCGUUCCUGAUAUUGCUCGAAGGCCUCUUGAGCAUCAACCCCUCUUCGAGACCCUCGUGCGAGCGCAUAGUGAGCGCUAUCCGAGAAGGACGAGUAAGCCGAAUAACCUCUCGCGCUUGA